UGUUUUCACUAUUCAACAUAGUGACCUUCAACAAUGGACCUUGUUCAAGUUCUAGCUCUGUUGGCAGUAUUUGAGAUUGGACUUUUUGACGUUCUCCCUCUUGGGCAUGGUUAGUACUUCAGAGAUAAUGGGAGGUAUGUGCCUGGACUCCCUGAAAGUGACUUCCAGUUCGAAUGAGCCAAUUCCAGAAAUAUGCGGACAAAACUCGGGACAGCACAUUUACGUGGACAUGGAUCGAGGAUGCUCAGGAAAUGCCAAAUUGGAUUUUUCCUUUACUGGCGCAGCAUCGACCAGAAUUUUUGAGAUCAAGGCCACUCAGAUCGAAUGUGGAUCUCGAUCAGCACCCCCUGAUGGUUGUCUCCAAUACCACACCAAUUUGGAUGGCCGAUUUCAAACCUUCAACUUUGAGCCAAUUGACGAGAGCCAUCUCAAGGCCCAGAAGUAA